CGCGCUAGAGACACGAAAGGGUAAGCCGUAGAGGGCGGUAUAAGUUCUAGCGUUACGCCUUUGAAACACUUCUUGCUUCUUGCUUGGCUUUUCAAAACUUGCGAAAGACGGAGCACCCUGGACGAGACAACUUGAGAACACGCGCGCGAUGCCCGCAUACCAGCUGCACGUCGCAGCUGCGCUUGGGGUCGCACUCCUCGUCAGCGCGACAACUUAUGUGCUCAGCGGCACGAAGGAGAAGGAGGGCAAGACCGCGCUCCCGACGUUCGUCGACGGCGAGGAGGGUCUCUUGCGGGACCCGUUCGACGUCACUGAGCCGGAGGACCUCGUCGACGGACAGCCGUUGGACGAGCAGCGUUUCUGGAACAGGAUGCGUCUCCGCAAGAUCCUGCUCUCCCUCCUCCUCGGGGCGGUCCUCGCCAUCCAGGCGAUCUCCCUCGGCUGGUCCAUAACCGAGUCCGACUCCGUGGACAUCAUGGUCUACUCCUUGCACACGGCGUUCGCGCUGUACGCGCUCAUCCUCGCCAGCCGCUCUGUCAACCAGACCUACUCCGCACACGCGACGGCUAUCGUCCACCUCUCCGCGCUGACUUUCACCGCCUUCGUGUUCCUCGCCAUCACCGCCAUCAUCCCCUCGUCGCCCUUCCCGUUCUCCGGGAUCCCCGCGCCGUCAUCCUUAAUGUGGGGCUCGGCCUGGGUCAAGGACGGGGCGCCGUUGGGACUCUGGUACGCGACCCUCGCGCUGUACUUCGCCGCGGCCGCGGUGGCGGUUACGACGCCUCGGGGGCCGAAGCUGCAUUUCCCGAGCGAGCGAAUGUACUCGGCCAAGACGCUCAUGCAGACCACGUCCAGGUACGAGGACAACGUGGACGAGAUUACAGGCGCGUCCGUCUUGGACUACCUCCUCUUCUCCUACACCACCAAAGUGGUCAUGCUCGGCUACACCUCCGAGUCGCUCGAGAUCGGCGACCUCCCCGUUCUGGAAGCCAGCAUGCGCGCCAUGGCCCUGUAUGCCCAGAUGCGUGUGGUGAUGCGUCGCUUCCGGCUCCGCAUUGGGGCGUGGCGUCCCACACCUGGCUCCGGCAUCGAGCUCGUCUACCGUCUGGCGAGGGUGAACCUAGGGCUAUUUGUCGCGAUCACGGUGCUGGCGACGAUUGCGGCGGUGCUGUUCUACGUGCCGGCGAUGUUCUUGCGGGGCGUGGUGCGGUAUUUGGAGGUCGACCCGGAGAGAGAGAACAAGCAGUGGGGGUUCGUGUUUUGCGCAGGGCUGUUUUUGAGUCACGCGACGACGCAGAUUCUGACCGGGCAGCUCUGGGGCAUCGCGACGACAGUGGUGCAGGUGCGGACGAAGCUCCAGCUGAACACGAUCCUCUUCCAGAAGACGCUCGUCCGCAAGGACAUCGCGUCCUCGAGCUCUGAGGCGCCCAAGGACGCUACUGGGCCGGAGCGCCAGUCCGCGGACGGCGAGAGCAGCAAGAAAGGAGAGAAGAAGGACGACGAGGACGACUUCUCGUCCAAGGCGCAGGUGAUGACGCUCAUGACGACCGACGUCGACCGCAUUGCGCAGUUCGGGCAGCAACUGUUCACGAUCGUGGACGCGCCGAUCGAGAUCGUGAUCGGCACGCUGUUCUUGUAUAGCUUGCUGGGGGUGUCGUGCUUCUUUGGGCUGGCGGUGGCGUGCCUGUUCUUGCCGAUGAACCACUUUGCUGGGAAGGUCGUGGUGGGGGCGCAGGAGAACCUGAUGAAGGCGCGGGAUGAGCGGGUGGCGCUGAUGAAUGAGAUAUUGGGCGGGAUCAAGAUGUUGAAGUUCAUGGCUUGGGAGCGCAGCUUCGAGAAACGCGUCCUGAAGGUCCGCGAGCGUGAGCUCAAGUACCAGAAGCUCAACUACACGAUUGAGGUGCUUUGGAAUGCGAUCUGGAAUGGUUCACCUAUCCUGGUCACGCUCGUUUCAUUCUGGCACUUCGCAGUCGUCCGCAAGCAAGUCUUGACGCCGUCGAUUGCCUUUACCUCGAUCAGUGUUUUCAACGAGAUGAAGUUCGCCUUGAACGCGCUCCCAGAGACGCUAAUCAAUAUGCUCCAAUGCGCUGUGUCGCUCCGCCGUAUCGAAAAGUACCUCUACGGGGCGGAAGUCAAACCGGUCCCGCCGCUCGACGGCCAAGCGCACCCCAUCGCACUGCAAUCUGCCACCAUCACCUGGCCGCAGGAUCGCUCUCGCGAAAGCGCCACGCCCUCAGCGGCUGCGACGCCUAGGAACAAGUUCGUGCUCAUGGACGUCUCGCUCGACUUCCCGCUUGGGGAGCUCUCCCUUAUCUGCGGUAAGCUCGGGAGCGGCAAGUCCUUGCUUCUGCUAGCGCUCCUCGGCGAGGCGGACCUUUUGUCUGGGCAGUUGUUGAGCCCGCGCUCGCCCCCCGAUACCAUUGCUAAGUUCGCGAAGGAGAAAGUGAGCGAAUCGGAGUGGGUGGUGGAGGGCGUGUGCGCGUACGUGCCGCAGUCGGCGUGGCUGCGAAACGCGUCGAUCCGGGACAACAUACUGUUUGACCUCCCAUACGUGGAGGAACGGUAUCAGAAAACGCUCGAGGCGUGCGCUUUGCUAAGCGACCUCGACAUUCUUGAGGACGGGGACCAGUCGGAGAUUGGAGAGCGUGGUGUAAAUCUAUCUGGGGGCCAGAAGGCACGAGUGUCGCUCGCCCGCGCGGUCUACUCCCGUGCGGCGGUCCUCUUCCUGGACGAUGUGCUCUCUGCAGUUGAUGCUCAUACCGCUCACCACCUUUUCAACGAAUGUCUCAAGGGCGAUUUGAUGCGCGGUCGCACAGUGAUACUUGUUUCGCACCACGUCCAGCUCUGCGCCCCGGGUACGAAAUACAUCGUCGCGCUGGACAAUGGGCGCGUCCAGUACACGGGCGACUACGAUGGGCUGCAGAGCUCCGGUGUCCUGAGCACCCUCAUUCAGUCGUCCGGCGACGAGGAAAAGGAGGACGCGACAGCAGCUGAGAAGGAGAAGCAGGUCGAACGGGCUGUAGAAGACGUUGCGGAGGAAGUUACGUUCCGUGAGUCCACUGAGACUUCCGAAACAAGUUCGACGGUGGCCCCGACGCAGGCGGACGGAGAGACGAAGCCGGACAAGAAGCAAAAAGCCCCGAGGAAGCUCGUCGAAGAGGAGAAGCGCGCUGUGGGUCACAUCGGCAAGGACAUCUGGGUGAUGUAUCUCUCUGCCUGCGGAUCGUACGGGUACUGGAUCAUCUUUGCGUGCUCGCUCGGAGUUGGGGCGCUGAGCCCUGUGUUCGAAAACGGCUGGCUGAAGGUAUGGUCUGGGGCAAAUCUGAGCUCGGAGCCGAAGUCUCCGACGUUCUAUAUCACCGUGUACGCGGCGAUCACGGGUGUCGGCUUGAUCCUUACUACUUUGCGGUGGUUCGUACUUUAUCACGGAGGCAUCCAUGGCUCAGUAGUGCUCUACAAGAGACUGCUCGAGGCUGUGCUCUUCGCUAAAAUCCGAUUCCACGACACUGUGUCGCGUGGUCGGCUACUGAAUCGCUUUGGGAAGGACUUCGAAGGCAUCGAUAGCAGCCUCCCGGACAACUUCGGCCGUAGUGUCAUGUACGGCCUGUCGGUACUGACCACUUUCAUCACUGUCUCGGUUGUGGGCGGGCCUACCUUCCUGCUCGCCGGCUUCGUCUUCGGUUUCAUCUUUUACAGUAGUAAGUGUCCCGAACCACUACCGGUCUACGGACAAACAUCCCGCGACAUGCGCAGAUUAGACUCCGUCACCCGGUCCCCGCUAUACUCGAUCUAUGGCGAAACAAUCGCGGGAGUCGCCGUCGUACGUGCCUUCGGUGCCUCAUCUAAAUACCUGCGUGACAUGAUCUGUUACGCCGACACCAACGCGAAUCCAGUGUACUGGAUGUGGGGAGUCAACCGCUGGCUGUCGGCUCGGUUCCUUCUGCUGUCAAGCUGUGUUGUUGCCCUGGUCGCCCUAGUCGCCGUGAUGACCCCCAGAAUUGACGCUUCUCUUGCUGGCUUCGCGCUUGCCUUCUCCGGCUCCUUCCUCAUGGACCUUCUCUGGAUGGUUCGCCGCUUCGUUGGUCUGGAACAGUCGAUGGUCGCUGUGGAACGUGUCAAGGAGUUCUCAGAGCUUCCCCAAGAGCCGCCAGAGUUCAUCGAACCCCGACCUCCAGCGUCUUGGCCGGAGAAGGGGGAAAUAAAGUGCGAGGAUCUUGUCAUCCGAUAUGCUCCCGAUUUGCCCAACGUGCUGCACCAUCUAUCCUUUGAGAUUCGCCCCGGUGAGAAAGUCGGCGUUCUGGGUCGUACUGGAUCGGGGAAGAGUACCUUGGCGCUCUCCUUUUUCCGUUUCGUGGAACCCGUGGAGGGUCGCAUCCUCAUUGACGGCUUGGACAUCUCCCAGAUUGGCUUGACAGAUCUGCGGAGCAAACUCACUAUCAUUCCCCAGGAUCCGACCAUCUUAAGUGGGACACUUCGGUCAACCCUCGACGUAUUUGACGAGUAUGAGGAUGCUGAAAUUUACGAGGCGCUCCGACGGGUCCAUCUAAUCCCAUCGGGAGAAGAGACAGCGGAGGAACACGAGGGCAUAAACGUAAACGUCUUCCGCAACCUGGACUCUUCUGUGUCCGAAGGCGGCGAGAAUUUCUCCACAGGCGAGAAGCAAUUGCUAUGCAUGGCUCGCGCGAUCCUGAAACGUUCCAGAGUGCUUCUGAUGGACGAGGCGACUGCAAGUGUCGACUACGCCACGGACGAGCUUAUCGGGAAGACCAUUCGACAGGAGUUCGCGUCGAGCACGAUCCUCACGAUUGCCCACCGUCUCAGAACGGUCAUAGAUUACGAUAGGGUGAUGCUCCUGGACCAAGGUAGGAUUGUGGAAUUUGACACCCCGGCGGCAUUGCUCUCCAACCCCCAAUCCAAGUUCUACGCCCUCUGCAAGGCGACCGGGAAGCAGGAGUUUGCUGUGCUGAAGAAGAUGGCCGGUGCCUAGAGUCACUACCGAGGCCAACUUAAAGCUGUAACUACGUUUCAUGUUAGCUGUAGAUUUCGAUAGAUCAAUUUUGU